AGUGUCGAGGAGGGUAGUUAGGAGAAGGGCAGUGGGAGGAGGAAGAAGCAGAAGAAGGAGCCGACGACGACGACGAGGAGGAGGAGGAGGAGGGGGGAGAGCUGCCCACAGGAUAUUGUUAAGAGGUGAAGAAUGAGGACCUGGUGGACUGUCCCGGGGCGGCCUCCAAAUCCUUGAUCCUAGGGAGGUGCCUUCCGAGGCCAGCCAUGGAGUGCCCCCUUCUUGAAGGAACAUUGGAGGGGGACCCCCGGCCUGUGUCCACCUUGGAGAGGCGGAUCAGGCGACGGAAAGUAAUCAUCUACAGGCCUGCCCCUGAGGAGCUGGGAUCCCCCGUCCUGCGGCAGAAGCCCCUCGAGAGAGGCAGGACGUCUCCGCUCCCAUGCGCGGAUGCAGGGCGGUCGCCCAGCAAGAGGCAACGGCUCCGGCAGGGCUCGCCCCCGAGGGUGGAAAGGCACGGCUGGGUUUGUGGCAAGGCAGGCGAGACUCUAUGGCGUGUGGCGUCUCCCAUGGAGAAGCAGCAGCGGAGGGCGCUGGCUGUCGGCCUGGAGGACUUUUCCAUCACCCAAGUGCCUGAGGAUCCACCAGGGUGCCCACCUCUCCAAAGACCCACCACCUCUCUCCGCGAAACUGCCCUCAGCCCGGCUGCUGUGAGUGGAGACGUUGGUUCUAGGCCAGCGACGGGCCGGAGUAGUGCCAUCGGCAGGUUGUGUCCUGCCACGGGGAACUGCCCACCCUGCCAGGAGCCUCGGGAGCGGCUGACUCAUGCGUGCCGGCAGCUUUGGGACUGGAGGCCGUCUCCCCCUCAGUGCCGGGAGUCGGAGCGCCUGCAAGCCAAGCGGCAGCGCCUGCAAAAGGGCGUCCCCCUGGCCAACGGGACCAAUGGGGCCCGGGCCUCCCCGCCGGACCAGGCUCCCCUGCAGAUCGUGACCGUGGGUUUGGAGGACGGUGCCUUGAGCCAAGCCCUGGAUGCCGGCGCUGGCAAGGAGCAGCUGGAGACCUCCCCGCCCCCCUGCAGGAGCGAUCAGCUGACGUCACCUCCCCAAUCACCUUCUCUGGAUGCGGAAAAGCCGGCCCCUUCAGUCCUGGGUGAGCACAGCCAUCAAACAGGUGCGUCCUCCGAAGCGCGCUCCUCCUGGCCCCCUCCGGUUUCCACGCUCUUGCGUCCAUCAGCGCCUCCCCGUUUUCGGCAGUGGGGCCUGGCCCCUGUCUUCCAGACCAUGCGCUCGAAACUGGAAGCCUUUGCCGACAUCUUCCUCAGCCCGUCCAAGCCUGCCCUUCCGUCAGCCGAGGGGACGACACCAUCCCUGCCUCCGGGUCCCCGGGGAAAUGCGGACCAGGCAGCCGCCCAGGCAGGAACCCCGCGCCAAGGAGUCAACAUCGAGGUGAAAAUCGCCAUUUCGGAACCCCGUCCCCGGAAGAGAGGCUGUCCUCACGAAGCGGAGGAGGAGGAAGAGGAGCCAGGCAGUGUGGUGGUGAGCGGGCGGCCCCCCAUCCGCCAGUGGCGCCUGAACGAAGGGGACCCUGCUCCCCAGCCCCGCCUCGGACGCAGCUACUCCUGCCCGGACUUCCCCGGGGCUCGCGCUUGGCAGGCCUCCCCCACGGCCCUCCCUUCGUUCUCGCAGCUGCGGCAGCGCCGGCACACCGUCUGCAGCCUGGAAGUGUCCCGAGAGCUGGGCCGGCCCACCCCGCCCUGCCUACGCAAGGAAGUGUACCCGUUCAGCACGCCCCCCUCCCGCCUCCUGCUCGGCCCCCUGGGACAUGUGCCCCACUACGACAGCUCCUCCUACACUUCCCCGGUGCCUUCCUGCUGCCAUGAGUCUGACCCGGUGUGUUCCAGGGACAUCUCCCCCUCCCCAGACGGCAGACAGAAGGGGGCCAGGAUUGGCCUGGACGUGGCUGACUCUGAGCUGGUCACAUCAGAGCAGAUGAUGUUUUCCGAGACUGAGAUGAAGGGAUCCCAAGAGAACACCAUGGGAAAGGUCUCCUGCAUAAGAAUCCGGAAGACACCAGCCAGGCAACAGGCCAAUCUCACUCCCAUGGGGCUUCCUCGGCCUGUCAGGCUGAACAAGAAGGAGUUCAGUCUGGAGGAGAUCUACACCAACAAGAACUACCGCACGCCCACGGAGAAGAGGUCGUUUGAGACCAUCUUUGAGGUGCCGCUGGAGCGCAACGGGGCCCUCGUCUUCACCAGCCAGCGCAAGCUCAAGCGGGCUGUGGAGUUCCGGGAGGGAGGCCUUCCCCGCAAGCAGCGCAAAGCCCGUUCCCGAGGGGGCCGCCGGGCAGGCGGGGGGCGUCGUCGGCUGCCCCAGGCCCCAGAGCUGGAAGAGAUGCUGCAGCAGCGGCUAGCUGAGCUGGAUGCCCUAUUUGAGCAGGAAGAAGAGGAGGAGGGCUGAGCAGAGCAGAGCCUCCGUCUCUCCAGAGGAAAGGGCAGGGCUCCUCCUCCCCCCACUCCACGUGCCUCUUCCUUCCUCGAAACCAGCGAGAGCUGUGCUUUUUCCCCCUCCAAGCCACCAUUACCACUCCAGGUCUCCCUUUAUUCUCCUCCCCCCCCGCUGCCAAUUGGUUCCCUGUGACUGUGGCCUUGUAAUCCGUCGACCCUUCACCACUCUCUCCGAGCUGCUACGAAAAUGGGGGUCGGGCGUCACUCAAGGCCAACUGCCCGAUCGCCAUGGUGCCUUUUUUGGCGACACGUCAGUCCCCUUUCGCUCAGCUCUUUGGCUCCGGAGCACGAGGGGGACGAAUGUAUGCGGGGCCCCAAAGUUGCCCGUUCUCUGUACUCCGCUUCCUACGCACAAUCAGACCUGUGGUGCCUCGCCGGUGUGUGGGGGUGUUUGCGUGUGUAGGCCCAGCGUGCCAUCGUGCCACCUGCUAAAGACUUAGCCCAGUGAGGGACACGCCUAGCGGCAGUGGGGGCUAACUACUGUCCUCCUAAGGCUGCCAUUGCCACCAGAGCAAAACCUGAACGCAGAACACACGAGCCUGUUGGCUGGAACGGUCAAACAGAGGGAUUCUGGGAAAGCAGCAGCAGGGCCAGGCUUGUGCUGAAAUGUGAAGGCAGGAAAGAUGUGUCAAGAGGCUGGGAAAGGGGUCUGUGUCCUUGCCAAUUGUUACAGCACCGAUCCCUUGGGGGUCUCUGCCCUGGAUUGAGUCCCAAGUUUAGAUCAACUUUCUGGGGUUCUGUUAGGAAUGCUUGGGGGCGGGGGGAGGUUUGUUUGACAUUUUUUGUAUUAAGCUAUAUUUCUAAUAAACUUCACAGCUUGGGGGAAGAAGUGUAGUUUUGGUUGCUCUUUCACUGAACGCGCUCUGUGCCUGUGUGGACCCCGCAUGCGGUAC